GAUUUGUUUUUGUGCGUCUUCUGUUCUCUCUCUUCUGAACAGAUCAGCUGCAACUGAGCAUCUCAUUCUGUUCCAAGUGUCUCAACACACUACUCUGCAUUCAUCCGUUAAUCCAUCUAUCCUUCACACAAUGUCCAGUGGCGGUGGUGUUGUGAGGAAGUUGAGACCCCUGUUCGACCGGGUGCUGGUGGAGAGGGUGGCCAAGGAGACGAGGAGUAAGGGGGGCAUCAUGUUGCCAGAGAAGAGUGUGGGCAAAGUGCUGGAGGCCACUGUAGUCGCCUGUGGGCCUGGAAAGAGGGACGAAAAGGGGUCAGUGAUUCCGCUGAGUGUGAAGUUGGGGGACAGGGUGCUACUGCCGGAGUUCGGGGGCACCAAGGUCCAGUUGGAAGAUGAGGGGGGCAGAGAGUACCACCUGUUCAGAGACACCGAGAUCCUGGCCACCUUUCACCCCACAGAAGCAGAUGACUCAUAAGAGGCGAGGGGAGGGGGACACAAAUAAAAGAGAAGAGGAGAGAUGAAACGGAAACAACACUAUAGUGAAAAACAUCAUCAUCAUCAUCACUGCAUUUUGCUCAGAGAGAACAAUCAAAAUAGGGAGACAUGCAAACGAGCAAAUGAAGGAUAUAACUGGACUGAAUUGAAAAGAGCAGCAGCUGAGCUGACAAUUGUUCAAAACUACUACAUAGACUAAAACAUUUAAACUGCUGACCAGUAUUGAUUUAUAACCAAUUGAGAUGUAAGGAACAUGUGCUUGCACUUGUACUUAAUUACACGGGGCCUAGGAAGUUAGACGAUAAGCAAAUUAGACGGAUGCUACAAAAACGAAAUUGAUUACAGAUCUGGCAUUUUAGACGAAAAAAACUAUGAAAAGGAAAGGGCCAACGAAAUUUUUUCUUAAGACUCAAGUUUCAUAAAUACAAAAAGAACGUAAAAUGUCAAUGCCUAUCAAAACAAUUAGUUUAAAUGAACAUAAAAUGUCAUAUACGAUAUUUACAGGAGAGUUUUGAACUGAAUAAAUUAUGCAUGAUUGACUGGUUAAAUUUUUGGCCACCGAAAUUUAACUGUUGUCUGCAAAUAAUCUUAAUCUUUCUCAUUUUCGUCUAUUUUCUCACAAUUGCACUUUUGCAAAAUGGUCUAAUUUCAUUUCAAGAACCUCCGUCUAAUUUGCUUAUCGUCUAAAUUCUCAACCCCCAUUUACACAGCUGAUGUGAAAACUACUAAUGUUUGUUCAUUAUGAACCAAUUGUUUUAUGGCCAUGAAAUGUACCUUUUUUACGUCCAAAUCAUGAGCACAAUCCUCAUUCGGGAGCUUGUUUCGUUUCUUAUGCUGCAGUAUCUCAACUAUUUGUACUCCCGAUAUUUCUCGUGUCAUUUAAUCAGAGUGGCGAUAUUGAUGAUUUGGUGUUAUCUAAAUCAGCCUACAUGUAAACGUUAGACAUUUCUUAGCUGCAGUUUUAUGAUAAUCUGAAUUGCAACCAGUAUAUCUUUGAUCCCUGUCCCUUUCUCUCUCUCUCUCUCUCUCUCUCUCUCUCUCUUGCUCUUAAGUUGUCUUCCUUUUCUGAUUGCAGUUUGUACCUCUUUUGAAAUGAAUCUCCAGCUGAAAUUGAAAUACUCAAGACAAUUCAUUUUUUGCUUUG